UUCAGUCAUGUGACGGGAGCAGUCGGGCUGUUCAGCUCAGGAGGUCAACUCGCCCCGCGAACACCGUGCACGUUUUCUCCAAAUGAGAAGGAAGAGCCAUUUGUGUUUCAUCACUGUAACCAUGGCUGUCAUCUUCCUCGUAAUGUUCGUCAUGUACACCACCUUGAAUUUCCACACCGCGGCGUCAGAGCGUAAGAAAGACUUCCACGUCGUGGGGAGAGCGCUGUACAAGCUGGACGUCUCCUGGCCCAAGUUUCCAGAGUACUUCACCGGACAGGUGUUCGGGGUGGCGGUCAGUCACGUCGCUGGCGUGGUGUACGUGGCCCAGAGAGGCGAGAACGUCCCCAAAGUGCUGAUGUUCAGCACGGAUGGAGAAUUCCUGCAAGCCUGGAACACCAGCACGCUGGAAAUGCCGCACGGCAUCUUCGUAGCCAACGCCUCGAGUGAUCCCACUGUGUGGAUCACUGACGUGGGCAACGGGCCGUAUGGUCAUACUAUAAAGCAAUACUCUCCCUCGGGGAAGCUGCUGCAGGUGCUGGGAACAGCAGGAAAGGCCGGCUCUUCUCUCACUCCGCUGCAGUUCGAUCAGCCUGCCGAGAUUUUCGUCCACGAUGCCACCGGAGAGAUUUACAUCGUGGACGGGGACGGAGGAAUGAACAACCGCCUGCUCAAACUGUCCAAAGACCUGCAGAUGCUGUGGAUGCACGGGGAGAAAGGCCAGGGGCUGUCACAGUUCUACAUCCCCCACAGUGUGGCUGUGGAUAACUACCAGAGGGUGUGGGUUGCUGACAGAGGAAAUAAGAGGAUCCAGGUGUUUAACUCUGUGACAGGUGACUGGCUGGGGUCGUGGGGAAGCUGCUUCACAGAGGAUGCACCCUACUCUGUCCGGCUCACUCCUGACCAGAAGUACCUGGUAGUAGCACAGUUAAACACUAACCAGGUCUCCCUCCUGGAGGCUCCACCUGUGGGCAUUAUCGGGCAGUGUCAGGUGGUCAGUUCCAUUCAGCUAGCCGACGACGUUAAGCCCCACCUGGUGGACCUGGAUCAGAAGAGCGGAGCACUUUUUGUGGCAGAAAUCGGGGCACAGCAGGCCCAGAGGUUCACACCCAUGACACUGGGGAACAUCUGAAAGCACAGAUGGCCAGAGUUCAACAACGUGAGCCGUUUUGAAGGAGACGAGUUAAAUGUGGUGCUCAGCAUUGUUUAGGAUAAACAUGUAAAACAUUUCUGGGUUGAAUUGAUCAGGCAUACUUGAGUAAUGUGAUGACUUUCCAGAUCCCGUCGUAAUGUGAAAAAGCCAAACAGUGCACUUUAUUAUGAAUUUGAACUGCAAUCAGAGCUCUUAAUGGUGUAUCUGCAAUAUAAGCCAUCCACGCUGGUGGAGGUUUGGGGUAGAAUUUUUGGUGCGAGGAGGUGGAGGCAAAUUUUAUGCACUUAUUCUGAAUUCUGUAUAUAUUCUGGACUGUUCUUGGGCGAGUAAUUUCAGAUGCCACUGUGAUUGUAUUUGCUGUCGAAUAUUGAAAAAUGUAUCGUGUGUCAACUUCGUGUUGUAAGAACCGAAUGUUAUUGUGCCAUUCACUGUACUUUUUAUGUAAAAGUAUAUUGACGCCUUCUCUGUUUUCUAAUCUAAUGAACUCGCUGUGCAUGCUGAUUUUUACUAACGCGUGUUUACGCUCUUUCAAGUAUCGCAGUCUGGCCUGUACGAAAGUUCUGGUGGCGGUGGACAUUUACUAUUUUUGAGACUUCAUAAAAGAGAAGCAACUGUACAUCUUUGCGUGCUUCAGUGAUAAGAUUUGUUCUUUGUUUUGUGCUUAUUUGUAUUUGUUCGUUUGAUACUAAGUGUUUUCAUAAUGUACCCAGAUAAAGAAAACCUGUGCAAUUACAACCUUAAAUUACGUGGCAGAUAUGAUGGGAUGCUGCUUAUUCGCAAAUUCUGAAGUAUUUACAUUGUUUCAUUGGUACACCGUUAGUGGGUGUGUUUACAUGCACUCAAUGAUCCGAUCAUAGUUUGAUUUCUGCAGUUAUCCGAUUAUUCAAAUGGUCUUGUGAACACUCUACUACAAUAUCGAGGAAUCUGAUAACGAGGCUCAGUGCAUGGAAACUCUUACUCUGAUUUCUUUGGGAUUUGUCAGUCUGCGCAUGCGCGAGAACAGACGGCAGUACCGGAAAUAAGCGAGCAGCAUUGCUGCGAGACGCACCCGAACACUUCUGAAGCGACGCUGAAACCAAAGACGAAAUAAAGGAUUUACAUAUUCUUCAUCUUCUAGAUGAUGUAUGUUCAUAUUUGCAGCUAAAGAUGCGCAAUCUUUUUUAAACAGCCGCGGCACGUAGUUCGAGUUUUAUGUUGUUUAAAUCAGGUCUUCUGUGAGUUUAUUGGCUCAGCAGGAAUCCGAUGACUGUCUGACUCCUGUAGACCAGGAGUUUCACAUUGGCUGAUUUACAUGCACUUGAGUAACAUGUUGAUUGGGAUUUCUGACCAAAUCAAAUUUUCUGCAGUUCUCGGAUUAUUAAGUGUGUGUAAAGGCGCCUGGAGUCUUGUCUCUGAACAGAGGCCGUUGCGUUUUCUAAUUGUCUGCCUUUUAAAGACAUUAUGAAGCUGAUCCUUUGGAGCUGGGAUAUGUGUAUUGUAAGAUUAUUGCGUCUGUGUGUAGGUUGAAAACUCCAGUUACUCUUUGAUUUUUCUUAUAAUUUCAUGACGAACAGACCAAUUCUUCCAACUUCCCCACUACAAGUUAAGGUUCUUUCUCCUUCAAGUUAACCAUUUGAAGAAGCAAGGUUUUGUUGUGACGGCGACAAAUUAUUUAAAUAAUUGUUUUCUACACUCACAACUCUGUCAGCCAAUCAUCUUGGGUUGAGAAUGUACAGAAAUCUGUAACAUCAAAUAAAUCAUGUUCCUGGUGC